AUGGCUACAACAUCCUAUCAACCACAUCCAAACACGAACACCAUGCCCUCUCAGCACAGCACCUCCGACAGUUCACAUCAUGACUAUGAGGUUGGGGACGCUGACAGGAACUAUUCAACCAAUGACGUGCAGAAAUCCAGAAACCCUGCAGCCGCAUAUAGUGUUCACCAGGGUAAUUCUGUCAUGGCACAAGGGAGGCCAGCCGUCGGGUCAUUUUCUGCAAGGGCCCAGAAUCGACCAGAAGGCGACUUAAUACGCCCAGACGAAUCAUUGACUUCAAUUCAAGGAUACAGCGUAGCGUCAGCAGAGCAGAUAGACGGCAACAGCAAAGCCACUUCGCCGAUUGAUGCUAGUAGCCAGCCAUCACCACUAAGUCGAUCUAAUACAACUAAAUCGUCGACAGAUAAGCGACGUGACUGGGCUUCGGAUAGAUCUCCCCUCCAGAAGCUUGAGGUGACUCUCAAUGGAAUCAGUAAAGAGGAGAAGAGAGCACGCGUGCUGGAAGCCGAGCGAAGAGUCAAGGAGCGCCUGGCACGUCAACAGAGGGAAGCAGAAACCCGGGAUGCAUCAGCGGCACGACCGCCGGAUAGACCCUCUAACACCGGUUCACAAUCGAAUGCCACACGUCAAAAAUCCACUUCUGAGCGAGACGCUAGACAGCUUCAGCCGGACACAGCAUCCCGACAGGUAAACCCGGCUAUCAGUCGCGGCACAGUCCCGGAUAGGCAUGAAAUGUCCAUUCCCCGCGAGCAAAGAGCUCCUGGCCAGCCUAAGCAAGCGAUUCAAAACCGGGGCCCACCCUCUCAACCCAUUUACAUGACGGAGAACUCGCCACACAGCAGUCUAAAGUCCCCAAUGCCUGUUGUGAGUCAGGGCAGCGUCCCCAGACGAUCUGUGUCGGUUAACCAAAGACCUGGGGGUUAUGCCGAUGGAGCUGCUAGAAAUCCUGAAUUACCACGAGAGAAGGAGAUACACACCCGUACCACCCCCGAGGCUAUUCAAACACCUAGACCUCCCCAACAGAAUCACCCCAUACCACAGCAAGUCCGGAUUCUACCGCGACAGGCCUAUCCUGAAUCUCAGAUUCAGCAGAGCCAAUCCUCACAGCGAGCCCCUGAGAGAAACAUCGCCUUCUCCUCAGGAAUGAAUGCUCAACAGGAUCGAAAUCAUGCAGGGACUUCUAACGGUCCUGCUGAUACGCCGGUGGAACCCAUCCAGGACGAGUUGAACGCACAAAUGAAGCCUAAGAAAAACACUGUUUCCUUCAAUGUCCCACCACCUACACCCCCGCCGCUAUCAGAAUGGAAAAAUGCGCCGGUAGCCCGGCUGGGGGCAUCAGACUUUGACUUCCAGCAUCUGGAUACCGAGAAAAGUAAGGCUUGGUGGGAGGGUGGUGGCAGUAAUCGCAGGAAGAGCAGAGCUUUGCCGAGUAACUAUCAGAAGCCAGCCCAGAAGUUGACAGAGAAUAAGAGCUUCCAGCCUCCUCUCUUUCUGAAGUGCGGCCCGCUCCUCCGAUACACUGGAUUGAAGCGAGUCAGCAUCGACGGGCCAAAUGGCCCAUUUGACAAGGAGACUUGGAGAGGCAGUAUUUUGAUCGUCACCAGAGACUCGCGCUCUUCUUACGACUCACCUCCUUCCUUAAAGCUGUUUUCGCAGCCAAUGGACCUCCUACCACCACCACCAGUCACAGUUAGUGGCGCUGAGCUUGCACCUGAAUAUAUCGACCCUACGGCUGGUCUCAUGAAACUGGGUAGAGAUGGCAGGCCACUCUACGUCAAGCCAGUAGAUCAUACUGAGGAAGGGCUGGAUCUGUCUUUCGUGGAGAACGACGAUGGGAUCUACGAGCUGUCUGCCAGUAUGGUGGACUACAGCAGCGAAGGCAUCAAGCAACCGAUCCCCGCCAACAGACUCCACUCGGUGGACGGAGAGACAGCUGGGGCGUUCAAAGAAGUGGUUGGAGCCCGCUUGUACGCUGAUCCAGCUCGCGACGUCACAUUCUGGAGAUUCGCGAUUGAGAUCGAAUUGGGACCGACGCAACAGCGUAUCGCAUACCGGCUAAACCACGGGCCCGCACUGGGAUUCUGGGUGCCUGCCCGAGGGCAGUCUAUGAACAUCAUGUUCCACACCUGCAAUGGUUUCAGCCUCGGAGUCGACUCCAACAUGUUCUGCGGCCCCGACCCGCUCUGGCGGGAUGUGUUGAACGAGCACCAGACUCGCCCAUUCCACGUCAUGAUCGGUGGCGGUGACCAGAUCUUCAAUGAUCGGGUCAUGUUCGAUUCGCCGCAUUUCCAGGAAUGGAUGAGGAUCAAGGGCCUCAGCGAAAAAUACGACACAGCAUUUGAUCCUGAGUUUCGAGCGGAAAUAGAAAGCUUCUAUCUCGAGAAUUACUCAGCAUGGUUCUCCCAGGGCCUUUUUUCUCUGGCCAAUUCGCAGAUUCCGAUGGUCAACAUGUGGAACGACCACGAGAUCAUCGAAGGAUAUGGAUCGUAUCCGGAUGAGUUCAUGGGUGCUCCGGUGAUGUCGGGACUGGGAAGAAUAGCAUUCAAAUAUUACCUCCUCUUCCAGCACCACAGCGUUCCCGAAGAAACAGAGGCGGAUGAGCCUAGUUGGCUCCUUGGGGCACAGCCAGGGCCCUAUAUCAACUAUCAGAGUCGGCAUGUAUUCAUGUCCCUGGGUAAAGAAGUGGCUUUUCUCGGAUUGGACUGCAGGACGGAACGAUUGAGUGAUGAGGUUCUAAGCGAACAGACAUGCGAUAUGAUCUGGGACAGAUGUCAUCGUGAGAUCGUUCGAGGCGAGACAAAACACUUGAUUGUGUUGUCGAGUGUCCCCAUUGCGUAUCCAAGAAUGGCCAUGCUUAAGAACAUCAUUAACAGUCGCAAAUCGCUUGGAAAGGCCGGGCUUUUCGGAGGCCUGGUGAACAAGAACGGCGGCAAGGUCGAGAUCUUUGACGAUCACUGGACGGCGAAACACCACAAAUCCGAACGCACAUACUUGAUUGAGGACCUUCAAGACCUUGCCGCGGAGAAGUCGGUUCGGGUCACGAUUUUGAGUGGCGAUGUCCACUUGGCGGCAAUCGGACAAUUCUACUCGAACGCGAAAUUGAACGUGCCGAAAGACAAGGACUACCGGUACAUGCCUAAUGUCAUUUCUUCUGCUAUCGCGGACAUGCCUGAGACAGAAAUGGUCUCAGAUAUGCUGAACAAGCGCAACCACGUGCACCAUGUGGAUACGAAUACAGAUGAAGACAUGAUUCCCAUCUUCACCCAGGAUGUCAACAGUAAGCCACGCAACAACAAGCGUCUGCUUCCACGUCGAAACUGGUGCGCCAUCCGUGAAUUUCAACCAGGCUCGACGCCUCCAGAUACACCAGAAUUGGAACAGGCCCCAGUCCCGAUGGAAGAGCCUCGUCCGCGUAAGUUGCAGAGGACACUGUCCCUUGGGCGGGGUGAUAGACCCCAGGGUGGCUUGCUGAGACGACUCUCGCUGCGAGGGCCGCCUCCAACCAAAGAAUUCAACCUGGAUGGCGCCCCGGGUCGUCACAUGAGCAUGGAUGGACCUUUCCCAACAACCGAAGCUGGGAACAACUACUUCCCGCCCGCACCAGCAGACUUCCGGCCAGGACCCUUCCACCGGCGACCCACGAACCUGAGCCAGAAGGCGGCCAAGAAGGCUGCGAAGAAGGGCGAUGAUGGAGUGGGCUCCUACAUUAACCUGGAAGGAGGGCUGGCUAUCACACUCAAUCUCGAGCUCAACCCGCAGGACCCAUCCGGCAUCACAACCCCAUACAAGCUUCUGGUGCCUAUGUUGCGAUACGACGGGACGGAGUAUGAACCCCCCGCCACCCCAGUGGCCAAGGGAUGGAAGAGAUGGCUCAGCGUGAAGCGCAAGAAAGAGCCCAGCAAUGCUGAUGAUGCCGCCCGUGAUGCGGAAGACACGGAUUACUCCGGCGGUGACUAUGACGAAUAUACGGAGAGCGACCCUGACGAACCUGAUCCCAGAAUGCCACAGUCCAUGGGGGCUAUGGGUCAGACACCGGCACCGGGAGCCAUCAGCAAUGGGUCUGAAGAAGGGAUCAAACCAAAGAAGAAGUGGUUUGGGCGGCUAGGAUGA